ACUUUUGUUUCUAGGUGCCAAGUCGACCUGUCAGCCCUCAGUAGGGAACAGACGCACAAGCUGGAGUUGCAGCUGGAAGAGGGUGAGGGACACCUGGUGCUGCUGGUCACUCUGACAGCAUCGGCCACAGUCAGUAUCUCUGACCUCUCUGUCAACUCCUUGGAGGACCAGAAAGAACGAGAGGAGAUAUUAAAGAGAUAUAGCCCACUGCGGAUAUUUCACAACCUGAAAGAUGUGGGAUUUCUCCAGGUUAAAGUGAUCAGAGCAGAAGGGUUGAUGGCUGCUGACGUCACAGGUAAAAGUGACCCAUUUUGUGUGGUAGAACUGAACAAUGAUAGGCUGCUAACACACACUGUCUACAAAAAUCUCAAUCCUGAGUGGAACAAAGUCUUCACAUUCAAUGUUAAAGAUAUCCAUUCAGUUCUUGAAGUGACAGUUUACGAUGAAGAUCGGGAUCGAAGUGCUGACUUUCUGGGCAAAGUUGCUAUACCAUUGCUGUCUAUUCAAAAUGGUGAACAGAAAGCCUACGUCUUGAAAAACAAGCAGCUGACAGGGCCAACAAAGGGGGUCAUCUAUCUUGAAAUAGAUGUGAUUUUUAAUGCUGUGAAAGCCAGCUUACGAACAUUAAUACCCAAAGAACAGAAGUACAUUGAAGAGGAAAACAGACUCUCUAAACAGCUGUUACUAAGAAACUUUAUCAGAAUGAAACGUUGUGUCAUGGUGCUCGUCAAUGCUGCAUACUACGUUAAUAGUUGCUUUGAUUGGGAUUCACCCCCAAGGAGUCUUGCUGCUUUUGUGCUCUUUCUCUUUGUUGUCUGGAACUUUGAGCUCUACAUGAUACCGCUGGUUUUGUUGUUACUAUUGACAUGGAACUACUUCUUGAUAAUAUCAGGAAAAGAUAACAGGCAACGUGAUACAGUAGUGGAGGACAUGCUAGAGGACGAGGAAGAAGAAGAAGACAAAGAUGACAAGGACAGUGAAAAAAAGGGAUUUAUAAAUAAAAUCUAUGCCAUCCAGGAGGUAUGUGUCAGUGUCCAGAACAUCCUAGAUGAAGUGGCUUCCUUUGGCGAAAGGAUAAAGAAUACUUUCAACUGGACUGUCCCAUUCUUAAGCUGGCUGGCCAUUGUAGCCCUCUGUAUGUUCACAGUCAUCCUGUACUUCAUUCCACUGAGAUACAUUGUCCUUGUCUGGGGCAUCAAUAAAUUUACAAAAAAGCUUCGGAGUCCAUAUGCAAUUGAUAACAAUGAACUACUUGAUUUCCUUUCCAGAGUCCCUUCAGAUGUACAAGUGGUGCAAUACCAAGAACUGAAACCAGAUCCUUCUCAUAGCCCAUAUAAAAAGAAGAAAAACAAUCUUGGCUAGCCAGCUCCCAGCACUGAGGAGACGAGCAUCUGUUUGAGAAGAUAAAAGAAAAAGCCUUCAGCCUCAGCAGCAUUUCCUUUCUUUCUGCUUUUUAUUUAUUUUGACUUUUUAUCAUGAUCGAGAGCAUUUGUAAAUAGUGUACAAAGGCAUAUGUCUUUGAAAAUACACUUCUAUUGUACAGACUCAACUUGAUAAAGGUUUAGCUACUGCUGUGUGAAAGCCUUGUUAACUGUGGGUAAUAAUAUAACACAUUGAAAAAACAAACGUAAGAAUGAUAACAUUAGAAGAUACACACUUCUCUAAUUACAAGUGGAAGAACCAGAAUAUUGGAUUAAAUACUCAUCUGUGCUCUGAUUAAAUCUACAUAAGUUGUAAAUGUCAGUUUGAUUUUAAAGUUUUUUUUAAAUGUGACUAUUUUUUUAUCUGAAAAGUAAUUCAUUACAAUUUCCUAUGUUUUAUACAUUUCAAAGGAGACGGGGAGGGAAUCCCAAAGCCUGAAUAAUGGAAUGGCUGCAUUUCAAUUUAACACAGAUUCUGACUUUAGAACCUGAUAUUCACUCCUGUGCAAAUUACAUAGGAAUGACUACACUGAUUUUAAGGUAAGAAGUGAAGGUACAUUCACCCCCUAAAGAGAAUCUUCAACGCUCUGAAAUCUUAUAAAGAAAACAUUCAAAACCUUCUAUCGUUCCAUCUAAAACCUUAAAAUCUCUACAGGACUAUACAACGUAAAUACUGCCAGGUUUAUAAAUGAUUGCCUAUCUGAACUUUUAUACCUAUCACUACUUUAAUUUAUACUGAGUUAGAAAAUUACAACCGGGUUCAGUUGUCAAAAAUACUAGCAAACUAAAUCUAUAUUGCUUUUGGUGUCAGAUUAUACCUUUGUGCAUUUAAAAAUAUUUAAUACUCAAGUGUUCUCACAGAAAUAAAGUCUCUGCUUUCUCAUUGUUACUGAAAUGCUUUAAUGAAUAUUAUGAUUUUUGUUAUUAGCGUAAAUUUUAAUGUAGAGGAGAAUGCAGUGUGCUAAGUGAUAUGCCAGUGUUUCAUUAAAUUCAUUUAUGAAAAAUCAUUCUUGAUAAUAUGAAUGCAUGAAAAUCUGUUUUGUAAAAUAUACUGCUUGUGGGUGGAGGGUACUUUAAAAAUGUUUCACUACUUACUGUAGAAUCUAUACUUAAAAAUUACAUUCCCAAGAACUCUUACAGUAGUUUUUGUAUCUAACUCCCUGGUAUAUCAAGGGGGAAUACCUCUGGAGAAAUAAAUAGUUUGGUUGGUGAGAAUGUCUUACUUCCCUGGCCUGAUAGGGGAUUAAACUUGGUUGAGAUUUCUUCAGACAAUAUUUUGUACUACUUUAUUAAUAAUAGACUGGGAUAGGGUAAAGGUAGGGGUUAUGCUGGAAAAAUGUAGAAAAGCUAAGAGCAAGAAACAUAUAUUUCAUUGUAAAGGAAGAUUCUUUAAAAAUAAAUUUAAUCUCAUCAAAGCUGAUUUUUAAAGUAUUUUUAUUUUAGAAAUAUGUUGUUAAAUAAUAUUUCUUAUAAUAGAACUAUUUUGAUCUCUUUAUACACUAUGCUUGAAAGAAUGUCAAUUAAAUUCCCUUUCUAAUGAAA